AUGAAUCCGAAGCACGUGGACAAAACAUCGCGAUGGUAUUUCGGAGGAUUGGCCAGCGCUGGAGCAGCGUACUGUACGCAUCCGCUGGAUCUGCUAAAGGUGCUCUACCAGAUAGAUGCUCGGACCAACUUGUCGAUGUUUUCACUGUCGCAGGAAAUAGUUCGGAGGGAUGGUUUUACGGUACUUUACAACGGUGUGUCCGCCGCCGUACUACGUCAGCUCACUUACUCAACGACUCGCUUUGCAAUCUACGAGAUUGGAAAGCAAUCGAGCUUCGGAAAGGACAGCGGAUUUUUGGGCAGGAUCGUUAUGGCAGCCAUUGGUGGCACAGUGGGCGGAUUCGUUGGAUCUCCAGCCGAUCUCAUCAACGUCCGAAUGCAGAACGAUGUUAGACUUCCUCCAGAGCAACGUAGAAACUAUAAAAAUGCAAUCGACGGUAUCAUCCGGGUUUGGCGUGAGGAGGGCUUCCGGAGACUGUUUGCUGGAGCAAGCUCCGCCACAGCACGAUCGGUGUUCAUGACGAUCGGGCAGCUUACGUUCUACGAUCAGGCGAAGUAUACGCUCUGCCAGACGGAUUACUUCACCGAUAACAUUGGCACACAUUUUCUUGCCUCGGUUAUUGCGGGAGGGAUCGCGACUACAAUGACCCAACCGAUCGACGUGGUGAAAACGGUCAUGAUGAACGCUAAACCAGGCGAGUUCGCCAACAUCCGUGCUAUCCUGCGGCACAUCGGCAGACUGGGACCGAUCGGGUUUUUCAAAGGGUUCAUACCACGCUUCAUACGCCUCGGUCCACACACGGUGCUAACGUUUAUCUUUUUGGAGCAGCUGAGGCUUAAUUUCGGUGUGCCUAAAGCCUAAGGCACUGAAAAGUUCAUCUCAUCAGAAUCAUCACAGUCGAAAUGUUGCGUAGACAUACACGUACUAUUAGUCGCAUAUAAUGUUUGUGAAAUUAGUUUGGUAUAGUUUUUU